AUGUUCACGAUCGGGAACUUGAUAUGCGGCUUUGCUAGCUCGAAGGCUGUUCUCAUUAUAGCUCGAGUCCUCGCUGGUAUUGGAGGCGGAGGCUGCAUUUCCAUUUCUACCUUUAUCGCCUCAGAUUAUGUUCCCCUCGCCGCGGGUACGUUUGCAGUGAUGUAUACAUUGGGAAUUGGCCUGGGAGCAGUAAUAGGAGGUACGGUGAACGAUACCUUUGGCUGGAGAUGGGUAUUCAAUGGAAUCACUCCAUUCUCCCUCAUUUCGUGCGUACUGGUCGCGGUAUUUCUCCCGAAUGGCACAGAACGGGAAUAUGGUCUUUUUGAGAUGCUUUGUCGUGUCGACUUCGUUGGAUGCGUCACCCUAGUCGCAUCCUUGGUACUUCAUUUGACUGGAUUGAACCAUGAAGGCGAUCAAAUUGUUACAGCGCAAGUCCUUGUUACGAACCCCCUCGGGACGGGCUUAUUUGUGCUAUUCCUUUUGAUUGAGUGGCGCUGGGGAAAAGAGCCUAUCAUUCCUCUAUCGCUCUUCCGUCGACGCACCGUCGUUGCGACAUGUCUGACUGCCUGGUUCAUGUCAUCAUCGCUUUACAUCCUUCUUUACUAUGUGCCGUUAUAUUUGCAAAUUGCUAGGCUACACACCUACGCAGGUCGGACUUCGCAUUUUGCCUUACUCGAUGGGAGCCGGGUUGGGCUCGUUCUUGAUGGUCUCAUCAUUCGAGUCACGCUGUAA